CAACCAGUGAUCAACAGGCUGUAGUGGAUGUAGCGAGGUUAACCGGUUAUAACUGUAGUUCAGAUAAAGUUACUUUCUAUCAGUAGAAAUGUCUCGAGCUCAGGCAGAAAGCGUGAUUAAGAACAUUAUAGGUGACAUCGUGCGGGCGUGUGCGGGGAGAGGACAUGCGGUGUCUGACACUCUGGCUGCUUUCAUGGUGAAAGCUGUUGUUCUGGACCCGAGAAAUGGGUUUAAUGUUGAUCGAACUCUGACCAAACAAGACGUCCACAAACUGGAAGAGCUGUGUCUGGAUAAAUUAAUGGAAAAGUGCAGCCCGUCCCUCGACACGAUCAAAAUGCAAGUGUAUUUUGAUAUGAAUUACACCUCCCGACGUGAGUUUCUUGAGGAAAUCCACCGGGUGGUGGAGUCCAGGCUGAGUGGAGUGAGCAGGGAGAUCACUGACAGCAGAGUGAAAACAUGGGAGGAAUUAGAUGCUUUGUACCAUACAAUCGUCACCUAUAUCCAGCUGCGCUCCAGCAUGGGCUCAACUACAGAUGUCAUCCCUGUGCAAGAGGCUACAGCUGCCCUGCAGAGCAUCUUCCCUCAGACUGAACUGGGAGCCUUCAUGGUGCUCUUAAAGAGGGACAAGGAGGAGCAGCUCAAUGAGCUCACCAUGAUCGUCACAGGGAUCCAACUCUUCAACAAAGCCAUUAAGAAGGGAGGCGAGGAGACUGACCUCCAUGAACUAAUGCCCGCAACUCUUAACGGAGCUCUUCCAGUCACCGGUGAAAGCAUAGAAAACGAGCUGAGUGUGUCACAGAAUUUGGCGUGGAAAUACACAGCCGUGCUGGAGAAGCUAACGGACCCCGACAGUCAGCCUGGAGAACGUGACGUGCCCAUUGUCCUGCUCAAACAGGCUCUCUACAACACAAGGCAGCAUGAAGUUUUCCUCAAAAUGUUACUGGCUGAUGCGUGUUUAUGUGCCAAGCAUGUUGAAAUCCUACAGACUGAGUUCUCAUCGCAGAUGAAGCUGCUGAAAGAGACCGUGCAAUCAAAGACAGCCGUAGCGACCGCAAAGGUUUUUCCCCUCUUCAAGUCCCUGUCAAAGCUGUGGUGUGGACUUCAGGAUGAGGCUGAGCUGCUGAACAUCCUCAAUAACAUCAUGCACAACCUGCAGACCUUUGUUGCCUCUCAGGCCAACAUUUUUUCCGAGGCCUAUUUGGACGGCCUGCUGGAGGAGUCAGAGGUGAAGACAGACGAACAGAGAAUGACCAAGUCCUCAGAUGAGCGUAUCGGUCCAGCUGAGAUGAAGACACAGGAGUGGUUCCUGCCGGAAACAACAGCCAGUUUUGAUGAGCUGCCGCUACAGUAUAAUGGAGUCUGUGGCUACACGCUUGUGAACAGCGAUGGGCUUCUACUUCAAGGUAAUCCACAAAUUGGAGUCCUUAAACACAAGGAGAAGCUCUUUGUUUUUAGGUCCAAAGAAGCUGCCUUAAAGUUUGCCUCCAAUCCGGACGACUUCAUUGCAGAGGUGGCCGAGAAAGCCAAGCGCUCCCCUGAACUCAUCCAACUCCUCAAACUCCACCAACAAUUUUCCUGCGUCAGUACUUACGCAGAGCUUCAGCCAGGAGAGAGUUUAUUGGUAAAGCCCAUCAUCAAGUGCGAGAGCGGCACACAGACAGACAUCCACCCAGUGGAGACAAACAUCGUCAAGUCGUACGAGUGGAACGAGUGGGAGCUGCGAAGAAAAGCUAUCAAACUGGCUGAUCUCUUGACCAAAGUGACGCACUCGACGCAGACCAAUCUGAGCCACCUGAGACGGGAGAACGUCUCUCAGACCUGGCUGUCCAAGGAAAAAGCCUGUCAAACCAAGAGAGACGGCGAGAGCAACGUGCCCAAACCUAAGGUCUACCUGGCUGGUCUGAGGGGACAAAAAGACGGACACAUGGUCAAAACAAACCUGACCAGGCCUGUGGACGAAUAAUUUGGAGGGUCCAAAAGAA